AUGAGUGUGCCGCGUCGUCUCAAUGUGGUGAUCGUAGGAGGAUCCAUUGCAGGCCUCUGCGUCGGUGUUGCGCUGAAGACCCUCCCUGAAAUUGGUUCGAUCACCGUCUUAGAACGUCAACAGUCGAGCCAAUUACAAGACCAGGGAGCUGGAAUUCGCAUUGGGGACGAGGUCGGAGAAUUUCUCCAGAGAUUUGCAAAUGCACCCAUGAGUUGUUACGGCAUUCCGAUCAACUCGUUGAAUAUUCUCGACUUGGAAGGCAGAAUAAUCAUUCACAGAGACAUCGUCAACAAUUGCGCGACCACCUGGACUCAACUAUUCCGCGUGUUAAUGCUCGCAUUUACAGAGAGGAGUGGUGACGAGACAGCUUCGACCACAUAUCGCUAUUCCUGCAACGUACGGGAUGUGACCGAGUGCGACGACAGAGCACAGAUCCAUCUCGUGAAUGAUGCUGGCAAGGAGGAGACCUUGCUCGCGGAUCUCGUUGUCGGCGCAGACGGGGCUUCAUCCAGGGUGCGGGACAUUAUGCUCCCGGAGACGAGGCGCACCUAUGCCGGAUACGUGCUGUUCCGGGGACUCGUACCGGUUGAGGAUAUCUCAGUUGACGCGAAGCAUGUCAUGGACUUGUCUGCCACGUUCUGCUUCAACCAAAACUCCCAAAUGCUCUCCUACACCGUUCCAGCCAGCAAAGUCGGCCCUCCAGACUCCCACAAGUUAGUCAACUGGGGUUGGUACAUGAAGAAGACGGACGAAGAACUGGCAGAGUUAAUGACAGACGUGAACAGCGUCAGGCACUGUUUCACACUGCCACCUGGUGGCAUGUGUACGCGGUUAGCUGACGAGAUGAGGGCACAAGCGCAGAGUGAACUCUCGCCACAAUUUGCGGAAGCGGUGGCCAAGACCAGAAACCCGUUUGUUCAAGUGAUCACAGAUUCUCUAGCGCUCGAGAAUACCUUUAGAGGUGGAAAAGUCAUGCUGCUCGGGGAUGCCGCUGCUGGUCAGAGGCCUCACCCAGCCUCAGCCGUUACCCAGGCCUGUCUGCACGCACAACUCCUGCGCCUCCAUGUACAGGGCAGGUUAUCGCCCGAUGACUGGAGUCGGGAGGUGCAACUGGUCUCUUCCACAGUGGUCUCUGCCGGUCAGGAUCUUGGUCAAAUAUGUCUUUCCGAGACUCUUAAUCCAAACGAAAAGGUCAGGUUGUAUGUCGCAAAGUCUGUGACGGUGCAGAGGUUUCUGAACGAACGAUGGAGGCUGUGUUCAUCGGAGGUGAAUUGA